CCAGAAUACGGGAAACUAACAAAAGGGCUGUUAUUGAGGAACAGUUAUAACUGGAACAAAACGCAAGAGUACCAAAACCACAGCAGAUAUGAAGACUUCGCUGAUAAUUUUGACCGCUUUGUUGGCUGUCACCUUUGGAAAUGAUCAUUUCGACGACAAUGGUUUCAUUGACGGUGGUCAAAUUAUCGGUGGAAUCGGGGGCAUCAGCGAUGGCAUCGACCAUUUCGGCAUGAACGGUAUCGACGAUUUUGGUAAUGGUGGUUUCAUUGGAGGCGGUAUAGGUGGACAUGGGGGUGGAAUAGGUCACGGGGGCAUCGGAGGGAGCAUUGGCGGAGGACGAAUUAUCGGAGGGGGGAUAGCAGGAGUCGGAGGAAUUAGGGGUAUUGGGGUUGGUCAUGACGAUCUGGGUGGCAUGGGAGGUUUCGAUGACAUGGGUUUUGAUAAUGGACGCGGGGUUGGUAUAAUUGGAGGCGGAAUCCGGGGUAUUGGGGGUGGACACGGGGGUGGUAUAAUUGGAGGAGGAAUCGGGGGUAUUGGGGGUGGACAUGGGGGUAGUAUGAUUGGAGGAGGAAUCGGGGGUAUUGGGGGUGGACAUGGGGGUGGUAUGAUUGGAGGAGGAAUCGGGGGUAUUGGGGGUGGACAUGGAGGUGGUAUAAUUGGAGGAGGAAUCGGGGGUAUUGGUAGUGGACAUGGGGGUGGUAUAAUUGGAGGAGGAAUCGGGGGUAUUGGAGGUGGACAUGGGGGUGGCAUGGGGGUGGUAUAA